AUGAAGAGUCUUAACGCAAUUUCGGCGAAUUACUACAGCCUUCUGGCUGCACUCGACUUACUUAUCACUAAAAAGGCAGUGUUGCCUGAGAUACUAAUUAGUGCAAAAUCAAUCGAGAAGUACUUAUCGAAAAAUGAUUUGAAACAAUACCAAAGUAAAGUCAAGAAAGAAUUAUAUAAUCUUGGCCGACAAGCCUCAGAUUUCCUCCCCUACCAUUUGCAGCGAUUUUUGACCCACGAAGUGUGUACUGUUAUGGGAGAGACUAUUCUGAAAAACUAUAAAUUCCCUGUCACAUUUCUGAUUCGUGGAUUUGUUUUACUCGUCAACGAAUCAAAAGGCCUCAAGCUCCAAAGCUUCUUUGGGAAGAAUACAAAGAAAAGAGAAAUCAUUGCUGUCGGAAAGGAUGAGGUGUAUAUAACAACCCUCGACGGGAAGACUAAACGAUCAAUCCCAUUAACACAGAUCUCAAUGUGGAAGGUCCACCAAGACACUGUGUUGUUUGACCACGGGCGGUUCGACCCACAUCAAACAGUUAUCAAGUUUGACACCCACAGAGAGGCGUCGGACUUUGUCAAGUUCCUCGAGAACGUUGUGAACGAAAUAAUGGAUGAGAGACGUGGGAAUAGUCGCCGCCCUCAACCCAACGAUCGGAUUGAGGAACUACUAGUGUAA